UUGAUUAAAAAAAUAUUAAACUUUAUUGAACAUGAGUGUAAACGGGUUAGCUUAAGUUUCCUCUUUUUCGUUGUAAUGUGUUAGGAAUUAAAAUUUAAUAACAGUGUUAACAUUUAAUUUUAUUUGUAUAAUAUUUUAUUAAUUCGUUCAAAAUGAGUGGUGGACGUCAACGUUCCAUGUUCACAGUUCACCCAAAUCAACAAUCUGAAUCAGGUAUUCAUGGCCAAACAUAUUUAUUAGAAACACUUACCAACUGUACGGAUCCUCUAAAGGCUAUUGAGGAAUUUCAAGUUGACAAUGGAAUACAUUUACCAUCUCUUCGUCAAAUGUUGCCUUUACUUGAUCUUCAUGGCAUCCGUCGUUUAGAUUUUCAUAAUUCAAUAUUAGAAGCAUUGCGUGAUAAAUUAGUUGCUCAUAUCGAAGAAAUAGGGAAAAAAGAAGGACGUGAUAGAGAUCGUAAGCUUAAGGAUAUGUUAGCUAAAAGUUUCCCUUCAGUUCAUGUAAAACAACUCAGACCCAUUAUAAUGGCCAUAUUGAAAAAUAUAUCUCAUAUUGAUGAUAAAUACUUAAAUGUACUAGUUAAAGACACUGAACUUUAUAAAGAUACUGACACAGAGGUUAAAAGACAAAUUUGGAAAGAUAAUCAAUCAUUAUUAGUCAAUGAAGUAUCUCCUUUACUAACACAGUAUAUUAGAGAAAAAGAAAAUAUUCUUUUUGAUCACAACAAUUUGGCAAACUUAUUCUUUACUCCUUCGCCAAAAUUGAGACGCCAAGGAGAAGUGGUACAAAAACUUGCACAUAUGAUUGGAUCUAGUAUUAAGUUGUAUGAUAUGGUUUUGCAAUUUUUGAGAACAUUAUUUUUGCGUACUCAUAAUGUUCAUUAUUGUACUCUAAGAGCUGAACUUUUAAUGGCCUUGCACGAUUUGGAAAUACAAGAUAUUAUAUCUAUCGAUCCAUGCCAUAAGUUUACUUGGUGUCUUGAUGCUUGCAUUCGAGAACGUAAUGUUGAUGUUAAGCGGUCUCGUGAACUUCAAGGAUUUUUGGAUAGCAUCAAAAGAGGACAUGAAACAGUUUUAGGAGAUUUGUCUAUGACAUUAUGUGACCCAUAUGCUAUUAAUUUUCUAGCCACCUCAACUAUUCGAAUACUUCAUCAUUUAAUUAAUAAUGAAAAUUUGCCACGGGAAAAUCAUGUGUUAGUUUUAUUGUUGAGAAUGUUAUCUCUUGGUUUGAGUGCUUGGGUUAUGAUAGAUACCCAAGAUUUUAAAGAACCAAAACUUGAUAGUCAAGUAGUUACCAAAUUCAUGCCUGCCCUGAUGUCACUCAUGGUUGAUGAUCAGGUUAGAGCGUUAAAUACUAAAAUGCCACUUGAUGAAAGAGAAUCUGCUAUUACUAUUAUUGAACAUUCCGGACCUGUUCCAGAUGCUGUCCAAGCAUAUAUACAAGAGAGUAGUGUUGCAUGUACAGUUGCCAUGUAUUACACAUUACAUGUUGCUAAAGCUAAAGACAGAUUAGCAUUAAUGAGAAUACUAGGAUCUUUGGCUAAUUGCGAUCAUGACCGUGCUUUUGAAGAUCCAUUUCUUCAUUUCUUGGUGGCAUUAUUAAUUCAACAAGUUGAAGAAUUUGCUGCGGAAGAUUUUUGUACUGUAAUAUUUGAUGAAUUCUUUUGUACAGGACUAAGUAGAGAAAAUGUAGUUAGACAUGUAUUAAAACUAGUAUGGCAUGUUUAUCCAAAGUUACCACCAAGUAGAUUAAGUACAUUAACUAAAGUUUUACAACCAAGUUCUACACAUGAUGAAGCUGUACAUAAACUAUAUACAGAUUUUGUAGAAAAAAUAUCAACUGAUACAGAACCACCACCAGAGCCACCAAGUUUUGAUUAUUUAGAAUCACCAUUGAUGAGUGUACCAACACCAUCACAUUAUUAAUAUUCUAUUAUGUAUGUAUAUAUUUUUAUAGUGAUAACAAAUUCCUAUUGUACAAUAAAAGAGAUUACCAUAUUAUUUAAA